AUGGGUUUCUUUCUACUGUUGUUCCUGGUCUUCUUUGCACCACUGCUGCUCUUUGUUGCAUGGCUGGUAGCUUCAUCCUGUCUUGGAAAUCGUCUUCGGUCUAUGCGACCGGGACUGGACUCCUACGGACCGAGCUACCUCCGGACCAUGGCCAAUUCAGGCCCCGCCAUGUCUGAGCAGAUCGAAAUGGACGAUAUGCUGGCCGAACCAGGAACAUACCGACACUUCGAUGAAGACGACUGA